CCCAACACCCCUUUCUUCUCUUCAUCUUCUACCCCACUACUCAACAAUCAUCCAUCCCAUGCAUACACUCAAACUCUAUCCCUUCCUCUAUUCCAAUUAACGAAUUUCACUUUCCGAUCGGAAAUCGGAUCUGAGGAGGAAUCACUCGGAACUCGGAGAUUCAAUCGGCGGCUGAAUUUUUUUCAAUUAAUUCGUUUUCUGGAGAUGGGCGAGAGCUGUUUCGAUUCCAUUAUUGGAGCGGCCGAUUCCGAGUCGUCAAUGAGUCGCCGCCGAGUUGAGUGGAAGGGAGGACUCGUCAAGUCCACCGCACAGUUUCCGCCGCCGCUGCCGUGGCUUGCCAGGACGGGGAACUCCCCCUCCUCCAGAGUCCCCUGGAUCAUGAAGCGGCGGUACACGGAGGACGGCAGACUGGUGAUUACCGGCGAGAAAUCCGAACGCCACGAGUACUUCGAGGCGUACCGCUCUGACGGCCGCCUCCGUCUCCGCCUCGUUCCGCUCGACGUCCUCCUUGUUCCCGCAGAUGAAAUCGCGGAUGAGGAUGAGCGCGAUCAGGGCGAUCGGACGGCGGAUGCGGCAUUAGAGGAUAGAUCUGGACUCAUGAACGGCUGUGGAUCGCUUAUAACGGACCCUUGCGGCGGCGGCGGCGGCGGGGUAAAUAAGUGUGCGAAUUCGUUUAUUAUCGGCGCUGUGGCGGCUAUACCUCCUCCGGUUCAAACCUAAUUGGAGCUACGUACAAAUUAAAGAGAAGAUGUAUAUCUUUUGAUUCGAUUCUUCGGUUACGUAUUUCCCGAAUCCAAAUCCACACAGAAUCCAUUACUCUUCACUUUCUUCAAAGUGACAUACAUGCAUAUCGAGAAAUUCUUUUGGGAGCACAAAUAAAUAAAAAUACAUCAAUUAUACUCUCACUUUAUUUUUAAGGUUGGUAAAAAUAAAAUCUAUGCAUUUAU